AAGACGAUCAUCCGGCAGUGUAAACUAUGGUGGCUGAGAGGCAGCAAGACCACCGUCAUAUUUCCUCCAUUUUCCCCCAUUUCUAACUCACCUGGUGACAUGUAACGUGGCCAGAAAGAGGGAGGAAGUGCGCAGGUAUGAUGGAGGAGCCCAUGAUGGUGGAGGAGGGUGAGGAAGGAGGCAGGAGCCGCCCAACAGUCUGCGUCAACACCAAGAAUAAGCCUAUACUGGAGGACUACGUUAUUUCCAGCAAUGUUUUAGGCCUAGGUAUCAACGGCAAGGUUGUCGAGUGCUUCAGUAAGAGAGACCAGAGGAAAUAUGCGCUUAAGGUUCUGCGUGAUAGUCCAAAGUCCAGAAGAGAGGUGGACCUUCACUGUCGGGGAUCAACGUGUCCCCAUGUUGUAGCAGUAAUUGAUGUUUAUGAAAACAUUUACAACAAUCAGAAAUGUUUGUUGGUAGUCAUGGAGUGCAUGGCAGGAGGAGAAUUAUUUCAGAGAAUUCAGGACCGCGCCGACGGUGCCUUCACGGAACGGGAAGCUGCGUGCAUCAUGCGGGAAAUCUGUGUGGCAGUGCAGCACUUGCAUCUGCUCAACAUUGCACACCGAGAUCUGAAGCCGGAGAAUCUUCUCUAUACCAGCAUGAGCGAUGAUGCCAUACUGAAGUUAACCGAUUUUGGUUUUGCCAAGGAAACUUUCUCCAAGGAAUCCUUACAGACCCCUUGUUACACUCCAUAUUAUGUUGCUCCUGAAGUGUUGGGACCAGAGAAGUACGACAAGAGUUGCGAUAUUUGGUCUUUAGGCGUUAUAAUGUACAUUUUGCUUUGUGGUUUCCCUCCCUUCUACAGCAAUCACGGCCACGCAAUAUCGCCGGGGAUGAAAAAGCGGAUCCGUACUGGCCAGUACACUUUUCCUAACCCCGAGUGGGCUAAUGUGAGCCAAGAAGCCAAAGACCUAAUCAAGGGGAUGCUGCGUACGGACCCAGAGGAACGACUAACAAUCUUUGAUGUAAUGAAGAACAAGUGGAUUGUGCAAUACUCGGAGGUGCCCCAGACGCCACUCCACACCUCCAGGAUCCUCCGCGAGGAGGGGGACUUGUGGCAGGAGGUCCAGGAUGAGAUGACGCGCUCCCUGGCCACCAUGCGUGUCGACUACGACACCCUGCAGAUCAAAACCCUAGACCACGCCAACAACUCGCUGCUCAGCAAGCGCCGCAAACGUGCCACUGACAACUGAAUGCGUCUACCGAAGUCGUAGUAUGAGCUUGUAUUUGUUGCAAGUACUGUAUUUGCAAAGCAAAAUUGGAAAAUGGAGAUUGUGGAAUUAAACAUUCAGUCACAAAGGUGACAUGUCAACUGUGGUGUUUACAUGUCAACUGUGGUGUUUACAUGUCAACUGUGGUGUGAUACCACAGUGAAAGGAAUAUCUAUAUAUAACUAUAUACCAGUAUUUUAAAAUUUCAAAAUGACUAUAACGGCAGUAUUUCUAAAAAAUAUUGUACAUGCCUAGAAUUUUUAUGUGGAUUUGAUUUUGACCUUUGAAAAUAUAGAUGAAUUAAAUUUAAGAAUCAGUUAAUAUAUUCUGUUUACGAGGUGAAUAUUAACCGCGUAUAUGAUGGCAUUUUUACUUGUAAUUUGAAGGUAAUUUUAUUGCAAUACAACUAAUACUGUAUUGUGAUUCUUGACAAUAUAUGUGGUAUACUGUAUGUGUUGUAUUAGAGAAUAAAUCCCACAUGGACAAAUAGACAGUGGAAAGAAUCUGCUUACUUCAGCCUCAAUCCGAGACCAUCUCCAGCGGAUAGGAGUUGAUUGAGGGUGAUGUAAACACCCCCUUUCCGCUCUUUUAUUUUCCGUCCGUAUAGGAUUUGAGUUUUUGAUGAUCGGCGCCUGACGUCGGAGAUGUUUAUACGUUAAACUCAUUUAAUAUUCAAAUCUAAAUGUGAUCAAAGACCCAGGAAUCUAUUUUUAAUUUUUGUGUGUGUGCAUGAAGGACCUUCAACAAUAGGAAUGAGUAAAUUUGGUGGGUCUUGUGAUCAACAAAUUGUUAUACAACGCUGAACAGAUCAGCUACGAGAAUUUGUUAGAAAGUUAGACUGCUCUGUUUAGAGCUUUACGAAGACACGAUAAAGCUCUAGGUGGAGCUGGAACAUUGUUCAGCAAUAGGAAUGAGUGACUGGUCUUAGGGUCAACAAAUUGUUAAUACUAGUUUUAACAAACCAGCUAUGAGAAUUUGUUAGAAAGUUAGAUUGCUUUGUUUAGAGCUUUAUAAAGGCACGACUUGAUAAAUCUCUAGGCAGAGCAAGAACAUUCUUUUAAAAAGAAUACUCCACACUUUUUUUUGCCAUACUUGUUUGUGUCGCCUUUCAUUGCAGGAGGAGAGGUAUGAACAACCUUCCAUUCUGCUGGAAGAAUUUAGAGAUGGGUGUUGAUAGGCUGAGAUGAUUACAGGAAUAUACACUGCCAUAUGGAAAUACCAUUUAGUAGACAAAAUUGAACUUAGAAAGUUGAUAAGUCGAUAGUAUUAUCUGUGGUGUGGCAGAAGCAGGGACAGAGGCAUCAAAUUUUUAACUUUGUUAGUAGUUAUAGAUAUGUUAGCUUGCCAAAUAGAAAGUAUUACUUGUGAAAUUGUUAGAAGCAAGGAUAGAAACAUCAAUUUGUUGAGUAGAAAGCAUUGAAAUUGUUGCAUUUCAGACGGUGAUACAGUUGCCAAUUUUUUUUUUUUUUUUUUUUUAAUUUAGAAUUGCAGAUGUAGGGAUUGAUAGAGGAGGUUUCAGCGGUGCUUCACAUUUUUAAAUAUUUGUUCAAACUCCAGGAGAACCCUGAAACGUGAAUUCUAAUUCUGUCCUAACAUUUAUGAAUUCACAUAAUGUGAGAGUGCAGUUUUACGUAUGUGAGUGCAGACCAUAAGUUGUACUAGAUUGUAACUAAUGUGCAGUGUGGUACAAAUAUGUUAGUAUUUCAAGUUGUCUCCUAUAGGUAGUUAAGAUUUGGACAUGUUCGUAGUAAAAAUAUUGCAAUAGUGCAGUGGAGUGUCGAGCCUUUCAACCUGUAGCCUGAUCGUCGUCAGAUUGCAAAUACGAUUAUCCACAACGGCAUUCCCUCUAAUGCAACACUGUUCGACUUACAGGCUUGGCAUUUAUUUUUUGGCAUAAAAAAAGUAUCACUACUAAGAGGUUGAGCUCCUUGUGGGUUUAGUGCCUAGUUGUGAUUGUAAUAAUAAUAAUAAUAAUAAUAAUAAUAAAAAUAAUAAUACUAAGAGGGCGAAAUGUAUAAUGGUAGAUUCACGAAAUGGUAAUAACACAAUUGUAAACUAAUCGUGGUACUGAUGAGGUUAGAACGCAUGGCAAGUGAGUGGUAGAACUCCGGGCCAGUGUGUAAGCCACUGGGCCAGCUGACUACAAUAAAAUUCAUCCAGCUAGGUACAUGUAUAUGUAUACAGCAAGGUACAUGUAUAUGUAUACAGCAAGGUACAUGUAUAUGUAUACAGCAAGGUACAUGUAUAUGUAUACAGCAAGGUACAUGUAUAUGUAUACAGCAAGUCCUUGACUUACAAACAUAUUGGAGACCUCCUGAAUUGUGUAUAAUAAAGAUAUAAAACAUAACAAAGAAGAUUCUCAAUAUGUUUGUCAAUUGAGAACUUACUGUACACCAUAGGGAGGUUAACAAAGGCCUGGAGCUUUGUGACACUCUCCAUGGGUUCUAACUGCACUCGUUCUGUAGUUUGAUAAUGGUAGAUCAGUAGUCUGAGGACUGCUGGACUAAGGGUUCAAGACUCAAUAUUCAAUCCAAUUGAUAAGAUGCUUAACACAACUAGUUGUGGGAAGUGUAUCGGCUGAUACAGGUACAGGAGGGCCCCAUACGGCACCUCUUUGGUGUUCCACAUUUUCAUUGGCUUUCAGUUGAGCCAUUGUUCCACCUGCUGGUGAACAUUGCUGGCAAGUGGAACAUAAUGAACAAUGGCUCAGUUUAAAGCCAAUGAAAACAUGGAACACCGAAAAUAAGAUGUAUAUGCGAGGUCUUCCUGUAGGUGAAGUCCCCACAAGCUUGCUUGUAAGGGAUAGUAGCAUGUGUGUUAUAUUGUAAGAGUGAUGUUGCAUUUUUAUGAUUAAGGGGAAGUAAAUGCAGUGCUGGCAAUAGUAACUGUAAUAUGUAAGGUCAUAUCAUGCUCUUCAGGAAUAAUGGCACUGAUUUACAUGUCUUGGAUCAUUCUUACCAGAUACAUAGCAUUUUUAGGUAUAGUACUUCACGUAUUUUAAAGUACAUGUAUAUAGUGAUGCACUCCAGAUUCAGGUUGGGCAAGACCAAUGCCUUUCAGAAUGGCUGAAUUUUCAGGAUAAGUUCUUAAAGCAAUAUAACAUAGCUGUGACUGCUUAUGAUGUUCAACCUCAUAACCAACCCCUGAGGCCAGGCUUGUUGGCUGCCUGAUUGGUGGGUGGUUGUUGUCAGUGACUUUGAAGCCCUGCAGCCAGCACCACCUGACUGAUCUGACACUUGUCUUUGUGCCACUCUCUUUGACUCAUGUGACUCUUACACAGAUAACCCAAAUGUAAGAGAGAUAAAAGAAAUCUUAUGACAACAUUUUAGUCCAUCUUGGGCUAUUCACAAGACACGCUGACAGAAGGGAGUGAGUGAGUGGGCCAAUACAUAUACUGGCUCGCUCACUCCCUUCUAUCAUUCUUGUAAAUGGUCCAAGUAAGACCAAAAUGUCAUCAUAAGCUCAUCUCUCCUAAUUUUUUUUUUUUUUUAUCACAUUGGCCGAUUCCCACCAAGGCAGGGUGGCCCGAAAAAGAAAAACUUUCACCAUCAUUCACUCCAUCACUGUCUUGCCAGAAGGGUGUGUUACACUACAGUUUUUAAACUGCAACAUUAACACCCCUAUGUGUGGGUUAUUUGUAUAUUGUUCCUGUCAUGGUAUUGUGCCUUUUUGUUUUUCAUGUGACUCUUAUUAUGCUCGGUGAUGGGCUGGGUGUAGUGCAAGUGGCAAGUCUGAGAAACUGUUUCCAUAUCUCUGAAAUUUUCUCUUCUCUUAGGAGUCGAAGCCGGUAUCUUGUUUCACAGGUGCUCCUCAACUUACGAUAAACAAAGUUGUAAAUAUCGUAAAUCAAAUAAGAAUGGUAUAAAUAAGUAAAUCAAUAACUACUGCUUUUCGUGCCAUAAGAGGCGACUAAAAUGCCGGGAGCAAGGCGCUAGUAACCCCUUCUGCAUAAAUUACUAAAUUUAAAAAGAAAAACUUUUGUUUUCCUUUUUAAGUCGCUGUGCCUCAGAGGGAUACGACUGAUGCGUAAAAAAAAAAAAAUGACUAUUGCCACUAAAUAAGUAAAUAUACAAAUAAUUACUGCAACUAAAUACCAGUAUUGAAAAUUAAAUAAUACACUUAGGGACUUGCUGCCUUCAUUCUGGUUAAGAUUCAUCUGUAAAGUAAUUGCUCUUGUACCAUCAUCAAGUUGAAAUAUUGGAAGUCGAGCCAACUUAAGUCGAGGAGCAUCUGUAGUUCACUGGGUCAUGUCCAAGGAAAAAAAACGGAAAGCUCCACUUGUGCUGUAAAUCACAUCCUGUGUAAGACAAGUCCAGUACCUGAAUGGUUCAAGUGUUAGGCGCCCUACUUUCAGACCGAUUUUGCUAUUUUAACAAAAUGACUUGUCGCACCUGCUUUCAAUUUUUUAGGACAUGAAAACACCCUUGACACUACAGCACAGUACUUGCCCUCUGCCAUUAGCUCCCCUCUCUUAGCUGAGGGGAAUUAAUGGCCGGGUCACAGACCAGGCCGCUGGGCCAUUGAUCCCUGAAACCCUCUAGGAAUACGGGUUUUGUGCAUUUUUUGUGACAUUGGUGUUGGGCCACAGGUGUCCAUGCAAUGCAGGAUAUCUAAUGAGGGUCAUUAAAAAUUAUACACAAAUACCCAACACAUUUGAGAACGAAACUUUGAGGUAAAUGGUACGAGAUAUCGUUGGAGAUAAACGGUAUGUGACAUCGUUGGAGAUAAAUGGUAUGUAAUAUCGUUGGAGAUAAAUAGCGUGUAAUACCAACAGGAAGGAAAAAUAAACACAAAGGCAGUAUGAUGUAAUCCUUUAUUGACAUAGUGAAGGAUCACAUUAUACUACACUUGAAUUUAUUUUUCCAGAAUGACUCUUAAUGACAUGGUCAUAAGUUCCAUUCUCCUUUUCCUGUGUGUGGGUUAUUUGUGUAUCAUUCCCUGUAUGACCCCCUGUGGGCUUAGCACCUACUUUUGAUUGUGAUAAUUUGUAUUUUGUUCCAGUCACGGUAUUGUGCCAUUUUAUUCUCUAAAAAGUAGUUCUGAAAGGCCUUGCUAUAACCGUCUCAACAACUGCAGGUUAGCCGUCUUCCACUCUGGAUUCCCGGUGCUCCAUUAUGUACGGUAGUCCCCCCUUAUUCGCGGGGGAUAUGUUCCAAGACCUGCCACGGAUAGUAGCGAACCCUAUAUGUAAGUUAUUUUUCGUUUACAUACCUGUGAUAAAGAUUAAUUGAUAAAUUAUGCACAAUAAGUGGAGAAUUAGCACUUUUUCGCUGAUGAGGACCACUUUAUGGCUUCUCUUAGGCUUUUGCACUUUGAAUCCAUUAACCCUUUGACUGUCGCGGCCGUAUAUGUACGUCUUACGAGGUACCGUGUUUGACGUAUAUAUACUCAUAAAUUCUAGCGGCUUCAAAUCAAGCAGGAGAAAGCUGGUAGGCCCACAUGUGAGAGAAUGGGUCUGUGUGGUCAGUGUGCACCAUAUAAAAAAAAAUACUGGAGCACGCAGUGCAUAAUGAGAAAAAAAAAACUCCGACCGUUUUUUUUUUAAUUAAAAUGCCAACUUUGUGGUCUAUUUUCGUAUAGUAUUUAUGGUUGUAUUCUCAUUUUCUUGGUCUCAUUUGAUAGAAUGGAAAACAUAUUAUAGAAAUAGAGGUGAUUUUGAUUGAUUUUACUAUAAAAAGAACCUAGAAAUGGAGCUCAAAGUAGGGGAAAUGUUUGAUUUUUGCCAAUGUUCAAAAGUAAACAAAUGAUGCCAUUUUCCAAUAAAUGUCCAAUUAGCCAUUCUAAUAUGCAGUCACGAAUGGGUUGAUGUUAUUUAUACAAUUAUUACAGUAUUGCAGUAGUCUGCAUAAUAGUAAGUCUUCUAUUUUUUGUUUGAAUAAAAAUUCAAAAUAGAAAGCAAGAAUAAUAUCAGAGGGGACUGGAGAUGUGACUGAUGAACAAAGAAAAUGUUAUUUUAGAGCCAGGAUUGUCUGCAUUGUUCAUUCUGGACCUUAUUUUGAAAUUGUCAUAUUUUUUAGUUUUCGUGAAAUUGGCCAAAUUCCAAAUUUCUGACCACAUUAUUAGGUAGUUGAAAUCGGUAAAUGGGCAGUUUCUUGUACUCAAUCGAUAGAAAAAUUGGAGUUCUAAAGAAAUAGCUAUGAGUUUGGGUGACUGGAACAAUGGAAUUAGCUGAAAAUAGGGCUCAAAGUUGGCGAAAUCGCCGAUUUGUAAACAUCGCUGAGGUCGCUAAAUUCGCGAGAGCAUAUUUCCGUCAGUUUUCCAUCAAAUUUCGUUUUUUUGGUGUCAUUACAAUCGGGAAAAGAUUCUCUAUCAUUUCAUAAGAAAAAAUAAUUUUUUUUUUUUUUAAAUUUUGCGACACCAGGAGACACCUUAGGAUUGGGGGUUGCGACAGUCAAAGGGUUAAGCAAAAUUAAGAGUUAUUUUUGGGCCAUGGUAAACUGUGGAUAACUGAAUCCGUGGGAAACCGGACCAGCGGAUACGGGGGGUCCUACUGUAUAAUUAUUUGGUAUGUUAACAAGUAUUAAUUUCCUGUAUAGUCGUGUGUAUAUUAGAAUUUGUGUAAAUUAUCGCUGAUUUUAAAUUGUGGGUAAUACCCGUUUUUUCUUGUUUUUUUAUGAUUUUAUUUAUAUGUAUAUUUCACAUUUUAACUAAUAUUGAUGUAUAUAAUGCCUAUGAAAAUUACUUAUUGGACUACUUUCUUUGUAGUGUUAGCAUAAGACUUGCAAAAUGUAAUUAAAAAUACUACAGAUUAGAAUAUAUGUUUGAGCUGAA